GACGAUAGGGGCAAACCCCAAUUAGUCGCGGCUGCUAUUCCAUCAUCUACUUUCCUCCAAUAAUUCAACAAAUAAAUCAAAAUCCCCAAUUCACUCCAGAUAACACCUUCUCUCCCAUCUUCUUUGCUUGAUCCAUUCUUACCUUUGUACCUAUUGCAUGCUUCCCUGCGUGUAAUCGAGCUCACAGUGUGCUUCCACCUCCCUUUUCAGGAAUGGAACUCCAUUGAUUUUGUUGAAAUGGGUGAUCUGAUUUCGUAAUCUGGCUUAGAUUUCCUUUUUCGAUUUGAAGUAUGAUACUGCAGAGUUCUUUCACGUCUUGGAUGAAUCACUUUAUUGAUUACAUGGGUGGUUGCUUUGGUUGCUGUUCCAAAUCGAGACCAAUUACUGCAGUUGAUGAGCCAUCAAAGGGUCUUAGAAUACAAGGCCAGACCGUAAAGAAAUCCACUCUCUCAGAUGAUUUUUGGAGCACAAGCACCUGUGAUAUUGAUUUUAGUGCGGUUCAGUCUCAGAGAAGCUUAUCAUCAAUCAGUAUCUCAAAUGUGAGUCUCAGCCAAUCAAGCGGCACCACCAGUGCUGGUAUCCAGUCAGAAUUUGUUAACCAUGGUUUGCUACGAUGGAAUCAAUCAAGGAUACAGUGGGUUGAAAGUAGAAAAACGAACAAAGGGAAGGCUCGGGAACCAGUUUUAAGCUGGAACGCUACAUAUGAAAGCUUACUGGGUACCAGCAAACGCUUUCCUCAGCCGAUCCCUCUCUCUGAAAUGAUUGAAUUUCUAGCCGACAUAUGGGAGCAUGAAGGAUUGUAUGAUUAAGAUCAAGUCAUCGCCAACGAGCUCUCUGAUUUCUAUCGUAUGGUUAAAGUUUCGCCGUUCGAAAUCUUGAUGUGUAUAGCAGAUUAACUAUGCAAAUUAUACCCAAUUACUACAUCUUUGCUGUACAAAAAA